AUGCAUCUGAACGAUGGCUGGCGCAUCAACGGUUUCCCGAGUACGCCGUUCAAUAACGCUGUCACAACGUACAUCCCGCAACUGCAUCGCUUGACCAUUCGAUUUUGCCGCAAAAAUGAGUGCAGCGCCGGCGUGAGGGAUUUCAUCGCCCAAGGCCUGUUGGCACGCUUCGCCGCCCAAAAUCCAUCAGUGGUCGUGUACGUGCAGCCGAUCAGACAGAACAUCCCGGUGGUACGCGGCGAAUAUGGCAAUGGACGUAUCAUCCAGAUUGUCCUGAAGAAUUUUGACGCUGUACAAGUGCAAAGACAUCUGAAUUUGUUGCGUACCCGCAGUGGUCUUCCGGUGGUCAAUCUGGUCUCGCAACAGAGUGCCGCUGUGCCAUCCGUGCAAGGCAUGUGGAAUCCGAUGCUGAACGUUGAUACCGAAAUGAAUGUCACCAAACUGCCACAAGCGAAAUUCUCACGUCAUCGUAGUGCGAUACCGUCUGCCACCGAAUACAUCUCGUCUCUUGUCCGAGAAGAUACCAGCGAGGCACGGUGA